AUGGAAUCGAUGAGCACUCGUAAUAAUAGAGAGAAACGUGUUGUUUCAUUCUUUAUUUGGGAUCCCGAAUUGGAACGUAAAAUUGAUCGUGAAGUGAAAAUGAUAGAUGGUAUAAGUAAAUUACUUAACGUGGCUACAACACUCGAGCAAACAAUUGAAUGCCAUAAAGCUCUCAUUCUUUCUCAACAAAGGAUGUUAGCAUUUAUGGCUGAAAUACAAAGAAAGCAACAAAAUUUACUUAAAUCUGACGAUACAAACAUGGAAGCAGCAAAAUCAACAGUUGUUCUAUCCGAUAUUCGUUUACCAUUAAUAUGGACCGGUAUGAAAGCAAAAUCAGGUCAAAAAAGAUUUGCUGUCUUUUGUUUGGCACGAAUUGGAUGCGAAAUAAUCGAUACAACAAUGAAAUACAUUGAUAAAAAAUCUACUGAAAUAGUUUUUACAGAGAAACUGAUCUUUAAUAAUGUUCCACAUGAUUUUCAAUUGCAUUUGGAAGUCUAUGCAUUAAAUAAAAGCCUUGCUCUGUCAUCAUCAGUUAAAGAUUUUGCUAAUCGCUAUAGUUAUUUUUCUACGCAUGGAUCACAAAAAAUGCCAAAAUCAAAUUCAAACAGUUCUAAAUCAUCGGUUCAACCACAAUCAAAAUUUGUUUUAAUUGCUCGUAAAAUAUUUAACAAAGGAUCCGCUGACAAAAUGGCUAAAGUUUACGAUCUGCAAAUGGAACGCUUGCAAGAAAAUCCUCUCAUGCGCUUACCAAUUCGUCCAUCUUUUAUCUCACGCUUUACGAUUCAACCAUUAUGUUAUCUAUGCUCAUCAACAUAUGCUGGAAUUUUAGAAACUAAUAAUACACAAUAUUCAUGUACAUUAGCUACCGGCUGUUUAAAUGGCGAAGAAAUCGUAGGAGACGAUGCUUCAGAUCAACAUCGAUUUUCUAUACCAAUUACAUCGGAUACAAUUAUUUCAACACGGGAUAAUCAACAUUCAUUUAUCAUUGAGAAUCUUGGCUUUAAUAGAGAAGAACUUUUUGUUCACGAUGUAUUUACCUUAAGAAAUUGGGUCCGAGCUUUACAACAACAAAUUGUUGACAUGCGCGCUUGGGAACCGACUAUCGAGCAUUUACCUUCGAUAAUGAAUCAUUCGCAUGGAUCAUUAAAUUCAUUAGUAAAAUAUUCCAUAAUUGGGACAAAUUUAACCAAAGAACCUAUGUCACCAACUAAAUCUCGAUCAGUCGAUAAUGUUCAUCAAACUGAUAUAUCUUCUCAAACAAUGACGAAUAGUACAAUUAAUCAAUUGAAGAACAUAAAUCGGAUUCUUGACAAAAUCAAUUUCAAUGAAGAAAGUGAUAAUGAUACAAAAACAUACCAAAUACGAAUAUAA